UCAUCCUGUGCUGCAGAGCUGAGCUCUCCGAAAUAAUCCAAAUCAUGUAUGCAAUGGAGGCAAUAUAUGCCAAUGAUGAAUGUGUUAAACCUGACAACCCAACACCUUCAACAAAUUACACAGGUCAGAGGAGCUCUAGGAGAAGUUUCUAUUUGGGUGUUAUUCUCUCCCUGAGCCUGCUCACUGUUUUAUUGCUGGUUGGACUUAUCACACUUAGUUUCUUCUACCACAAUUCAGCUGAACAUGUGUCGGCAGAGGCUGAGAAGAGAGACUUUCUGAAUAAAAACAUCUCUGCACUCAGUAACCAACUUUCUUCCAUGACUGAGGAGCUUAAAACGAAAAAAACAUGUCCUGUAGCAUGGAGCAGCUUCAACCAUAGCUGCUAUCUCCUCUCUGAAAGAUCUGGUUCCUGGGAUGCAGCCAGAAAGGACUGCAGAGACAGAGGAGCAGAUCUGGUGGUUAUUGACAGCCCUGAAGAACAGACCCUUCUCUCUAUGAUCACCAUAAAAAACGCUUGGAUUGGUUUAAAUGACAAAGAACAGGAGGGAACAUGGAAAUGGGUAGAUGGGACUCCACUGACUCUGACGUACUGGAUAACAACACAACCUGAUAAUGGUGGAAAACAGGACUGUGUUUAUGUCCGAAAGGAUGAGAGAAGGUCUUGGGAUGAUGGUUGGUGUUUGACAGAUAAUCGUCAAUGGAUCUGCGAAAAAACACCAAACCCAAAAAAUACAUGUCCUGUAGGAUGGAGAAGCUUCAACCAUAGCUGCUAUCUCCUCUCUAAAAGCUUUGGUUCCUGGGAUGCAGCCAGAAGGGACUGCAGAGACAGAGGAGCAGAUCUGCUGGUUAUUAACAGCCCUGAAGAACAGAACUUCCUGUCUACAAUCACCACAGAAGGAGUUUGGAUUGGUUUGAAUGACAAAGAACAGGAGGGAACAUGGAAAUGGGUAGAUGGGACUCCAGUGACUCUGACGUACUGGGCAAGUGAUCAGCCUGAUAAUGGUGGAGAAGAGGACUGUGCUCAUGUCAGAAGUGAUGAAAAAAAAUCUUGGAAUGAUCUUUCGUGUUCAUCUUCUUUUCAAUGGAUCUGUGAAAAAGUUGCAGAAAACAACUGAUUUCAGAGAGAUGACCUAUUCAUAAAUGUUUUGCAGUUUUAUCUUUGACUGCAAUAAGUAUAAUUCUAUAUUUCAAUUUUAGCCAAAAAUGACUAGGUGUUUAGUCUCUAGGUGUGUUUUUUUGUUGUUGUUUUUUCUAAUAUAUAUGUUUACUUUUAUAAUAUACCAUAUUUUCCGCACUAUAGGGCGCACUUAAAAUCCUUUAAUUUUCUCAAAAAUCAACAGUGCACCUUAUAAUCUGGUGCGCCUU